AUGUGGCUCGCGUACGCCGCCCUCGUCGUCGCGGGCGUGCGGGCCUCGGCGCCGUCGUCGGACCUCGAGCGCGCCUGCCGCGCCGUCGGCGAUGGCCCCCGGUGCGGCGCCGUCUUCAACGCGACGCGCCUCCCGCGGGCCUGCGACGAGGAGCUCGCGGCCCUCGUCGUCGCCGAGUUGCCGGGAUCGAAGAUGACGCAGCGGCUGGUCCGGUCCGUGAGCAGCGCGGCCUUCGUCGACAUGGUCGCGCGGGCGCUGCGGGCGGAAACCGUCGACGACGACUCGUCGGAGGCGUGGGCGCGCGCGAGCACCUACCUCGCGGCGGGCCACUUCAGCAGCCUCGGCGACCGCGACGGCUGCAAGAGCAUCUAUGGCUACGAGUAUUUCCUCGUCGCCCUGGGGCGGCGCACGGCGUCGGGCCUCUGCCUGCCGCGGGCCUGCGCGCCGGACGAUUUGAGGCGGUUUCUCGACGGCGCGCGAUUCGCGUUGGACGACCCGGAGCUCCCCGCGGGCCCCGCCUACGUGAGCGACGACCGCUUCAGAUUCCGCCUCGACGAGCUGGGCGUCGUCGUCGUCGUCGCGACGGCGGCGCUGGCGCUGCUCGCGGCCGCGGCGACGUAUCUUCACGCGGCCGCGAAGCGCGACGUUCUCGGGCGCGGCGGCGACCCGGAGGCGGCGCGCGACGCGCUCCCGGCCUGGCUCCUCGCCUUCUCCGCCGUCGAGAACGUCGGCGCGCUCCUGCGGCCCCGGGGGCCCGGCGCGCUCAAAGCCUUCGACGGCAUGCGCGUGCUGUCGCUCUGCUGGGUCGUCGCGGGCCACGUCCUCCUGUGGCCCACGCUCGGGCCGACGACCUUCGCCAACGAGGCCGAGCGGCUGCUGCCCGGCGACUCGUCGACCGUGCUCCGCCAGCUCAGCGCGCAGGUCGUGCCCGCGGCGGAGUUCGCGGUGGACACGUUCUUCCUCCUGAGCGGCUUCCUCGGCGCGACGUCGCUCGCGGACGCCGUCCUCGCGCCGGGCGCGCCGGGGCUCGCGGCCUGGUGGCCCGCGCUCGUCGCGCGGCGCCUCGCGCGGCUGGUGCCGGCCUACGCCUACGUGCUGCUGGCCUACUGGAAGGUGCAGCGCGUCGCGGGCCGCGGCGCGCUGUGGUCGGGGAUGGAGUACGCGUACGAGCUCUGCGACGAGUACUGGUGGACGAACGCGCUGCUCGUGAACAACCUCGUGCCCUGGGGCGUCGACGACCGGUGCUACGGGCCCUCGUGGUACAUCGCCGUCGACGCGCAGCUCGCCGUGCUGGCCCUGCCGCCGUGCGUCGCCGUCGCCGCGCGGCACGGCGUGAAACGGGGCGUCGCGUUCCUCGCCGCCCUCGCGGCGGCGUCGACGGUGUUCACGUGGUGGCUGGCGUCGACGAAGCGGCUGACUUUGGUUACGUUCCAGUCGUCCUACAUCAACGACGUCUACAUACGGCCCUGGACGCGCGCGCCGCCGUACCUCGUCGGCGUCGGCGCCGCGCUCCUCUGGCGGGAGAGGCGGUCGACCCCGCCAGAGGAGAAGCGGUCGACGCCCGCGGAAGCCCGUCGCUCCUCCGGCUGGCUGCUGAGCCUGAGCCUGGGCGUCCUCGCGGCCUGCGCCUUCGGCGCGCUGCCCUUCCGCAACGCGUCGCUCAGCGGCGCGCGGUGGCGCGCCGAGUACGCGUACCUCGCGCUGUCGAAGCCCGCGUGGGCGCUCGGUGUGGCGGCGGUCGCGCUGCUCUGCUUCGAGGGCCGGGGGUCCGUCGUCGGCGCGGUGCUGGAUCUGGAUGUCUGGGCGCCGGCGGCGCGGCUGACCUACUGCGCGUACCUUGUGCACGCGGCGGUGCUGGACGUCGUCUUCCACGCGGACGCGGCGCAGCGGAUCCACUACUCGGCGGAGUGGUACGUCGUCACGUUUUUGGGCGCGGGCGCGGUCAUCGUCGUCACGUCCCUGGCCGUCCACCUGCUCGUCGAGGCCCCGGCGGCGGCGCUGCUCCGCGGGAAGACGCGCGAGCCGGCGGCGGAGGAGAAACGCGCGGGCCGGUGCCUCGGGGGCGCGGACGCGCGGCGCCUCGCGGCGGCCUGCGCCGCGUCGGCGGCGACCGCGGCCAAGUUCCCCCCGGCCAAGGCCGCCGCCCCGCCGGCGGGCUUCGCGGGCGCGGCCUUCGUCGCGUGGCGCGACCUCCGGCUCGUCGACGACGGCGGCGCGGUGAGGCUCGACGCCGCGCGCGGCGCCGUGGCCCGCGGCCGCCUCCACGGCGUGCUCGCGGCGGAGGCGGCGACGGCGUCCCUCUUCCUGCGGGCGCUCGCGGGCCGCUCGGACUGCCGGCGCGCGGGCUACCUCGCGGUCGACGGCGACGGUUCGCGCGCGGCGGCGAAGCUCGGCGCGCGCGUCGCGCUCGUCUCCGAGGCGAGCUUCCGGCCGCCGCUGACCGUCUUCGAGACCGUGGCCUUCGCCGCGGCGCUGCGGGCCGACGCGGCCGCGGACGCGCGGACCGUCGCCGCGCGCCGCGACGCCGCGAUCAAGCGCGCCGCGCUCGCGGGCCUCGAGGCCGCGCUCGUCGGCGGGGGCCUGCCCUGCGGGCUCUACGUGGACGGCCUCGCGCCGGCGGAGCGGCGCCGCCUCGCCGUCGCCUGCGGCCUCGCGGGGGCGCCGGACGGGAUCUGCGUCGACGAGCCGCCGGCGCCGCUCUCGCUCGCGGAAUCCCUCCGCGACUGCGCGCUGCUCGCGGCCCUCGCGCGGGAGAACGGCCUCGCCGUCGUCGCCGCGUCGGGCCGGCCGGCGGCCGCGGCCUGGGCGCUCUUCGACGACGCGAGCGUGCUGAGCUGCGGGCGCCUGCUCUACUGCGGCCCGCGCGCGGGCGCGGCGCCGUGGUUCGCGGGCCUCGGCUACGCCGUCGGCGCCGCGGGCGAGGACGUGCUCGCGCUCGUCGCCGUCGACGGCGACAAGGGCGGCCUCUUCGGCGCGGGGGACACGAUGCGCGGGCCCUCGGACGUCGCGCGGGCCGCGGACGCGUACGCCGCGGCCGCGCGCGGCGCGCCCGGCAAGGCCGGCGACGAUCCCGGCGACGACCGCGGCGGCGACGACGCCCCGGUGCGCGCGCGCGUCGCACUCGUGCGCCGCGCGCUGCUCCUACGGCUCCGGGACCCGUCGCGCGGCGCGCUCCGCGGCGCGGUCAACGUCGCGGCCGCGGCGGUGUUGGGGGGCCUCGCGCGGCGCGACGUCGCGGGCGCGCCCGACGCCUCGGCGCUCUGGGUCGCCGCCGUCGCGCUCGGCGCGCUGGCGGCCGCGCCGGGCCUCGCGGACGACCACCGCGGCUUCGCGCUCGAGCGCGGCGACGGCCGCGCCUACGGGCCCGGCGCGCACGCCGCGGCGACGCUCGCCGCCGAGGGCGCGCUCGUCGUCGCCGUCCACGCGCCCGCGGCGUACCUCUUCGCGUCCCUCGCGCGGCUGCCCCGGCCGUUGGACUUCGCCUGCGCCGCGACGGCCGCGGCGUCGCUGCACGGCGCCGUCGCGGUCCUGACGGCGGCCGUCGCGCCCGACGCGGGCCUGGCGGCGCUGCUCCUCGCCGUCAAGUUCGGCGCGUCCUUCGCCGCCGUCGCGCUCUCCGACGAGACCUGGAUCACGCACUUUUCGACCUUCAAGCUCGCCGACGACGCGCUCGCCGCGUCCCAGGGGUUCUCGGAGAACCACGCGGCGAAGUUCCUCGCGCUCUCCACGGGGCUGCUCUGCCUGCUGGCGCCGUCGACCGUCGACUCGGCGCUGGGGGGUGGGCGGCGCUCUGCGCGGUCCGGCGCCCCGGCGCUGAGCAAGCCGGAGAAGGCGGCGGCGGCGACGCUGUGCAAGUGCAUCGACGUCGCGACGACGCCGCCGUCGGCGCCGGCGACGUUCGGCGCCGUCCAGGGCCUCUUCGACGCCGCGGGCCCGAGCGUCGCGAGCGAGGGCGUGCGCCACCUGCGCAAGCGGCUCCAGGGCCGCGACCAGGCCGUGGCGCUGCUCGCGUGCGGCCUCGCGGGCCUUCUGGUCAAGAGCAAGGCGAACGCGCGCGCGGCCUGCGGCGCGGGGCCCGGGGGCAAGAAGUUCUCCGCCGUCAUGGUCGCCCUGGCGACGGCGAGGGAGCCCUCGGAGCUCCGCGACGGCGCGCGGAAGCUCCUGUCGCUCUGGUCCAACGCGUACGCGGCCGACGCCGCGCGGCUGCCCUACUUCGCCACGGCCGGCCAGGAGGAGGACGACCGGCUCGCCAUCGCCUUCGCGAACUCGCGGGCCGAGGAGGCGGAGCGCAAGCGCGACGAGGCGCGCCGCGAGUCCGAGGCCCUGGCCGAGGCCCUCGAGGCGUCGCGGCGCGAGUCCGAGCCGGACGCCGCGGACGCCGCGGCCGCGGCCGCGGACGUCUUCGCGGCGCCCGAGCCCGCGGCGGCCGGCGAGCCCGUCGCCGACGGCGGCGCCGCGCCGGCGGCGCGCGACGCCUUCUUCGCGGCGCCCGAGCCGCCGCGGGCCGAGUCGCCGGAGCCGCCGCCGCCGCCGCCGCGGUCGCGCCGGCCGCCGCCGCCGCCGCCGCCGCCCGAGCUCGCGCCGACGCCGCCCGCGGCGCCGGAGCCGGUCGCGCCGGAGCCGGUCGCGCCGGAGCCGGUCGCGCCGAUCGCGUCGGCCUUCCCGCCGGCGCCGGCCUUCGAUCCCUUCUCGGCGCUCGCGUCGCCGGACGGCGGCGACGCCGAGAGCUUCCCCGCGGAGCCCGGCGCGCCGGACGAGGCGCCCCCCGUCGAGGAGGAGCCGGCGCCCCCCGUCGAGGCGCCGGCCUUCGUCGCGGGCGCCGUGUCCUUCGCGCCGGCGGAGGACGUCGGCGCGUUCUCGCCGGCGCUCGCCGCGUUCUCUCCGGCGCAGGAGAUGGCGGCCUUCUCGCCGCCCCCGGAGAUGGCCGUCUUCUCCCCGGAGCUCGCGGCCGCGCCGCCGGAGACGCCGGCGCCGGAACCGCCGGCGCCGGACGCGGGCGCGUUCUCUACCGCGCCGACGGAGAUCUACGUCUCGCCGGAGACGCCGGCGCCGGAGCCGGCGGCCGUCUCGCCGGCGCCGGAGAUGGCGGCCUUCUCGCCGGAGCUCCCGACGCCGGCGACCGCUGCGCCGGCGCCGGAGAUGGCCGCCUUCACGCCGGCGUUCUUGCCGGCGCCGGACGCGGCGGCGUUCUCGCCGGCGCCGUCCUUCGACCCCUUCUCGGCGCUCGCGUCGCCGGAGCGGCAGGGCGCCCCUCCGGAGGAGUCGGAGGCGCCCGCGGUCGAGGCCCCGCGCCUGCCGCCGGCCGAGCCGGCGGCGGCGGACCCGGCGCCCGCCGCGCCGGAGGCGCCGCCGGCCGAGGCGCCGCCGGCCGAGAUGCCGACGCCCGCGCCCUUCACCCCGGGGCACACGAUGACGCCGAGCUUCUCGCCGGAGCUCGCGGCCGCCCCGCCCGCGCCGGAGAUGUCGCCGGCGCCGGAGAUGGCGGCGUUCUCGCCGGCGCCGGAGGUGCCGUCCACCGCGGCGGCGCCGGAGCCGCCGGCGCCGGAGACGGCGGCGUUCCCGCCGGCGCCGGAGAUGGCGGCGUUCUCGCCGGCGUUCUCGCCGGCGCCGGACGCGGCGGCGUUCUCGCCGGCGCCGUCCUUCGACCCCUUCUCGGCGCUCGCGUCGCCGGACGCCGCGGGCCACAAGUCGUUCCCGUUCCCGGACCCGGCCGCGGCCGCGGCGCGCCCCGCGGAUGCCUUCGUGCCUCCUCCGGCGGAAGCGCCGCCGCCCGCGGCGAUGCGGAGCGCGCCUCCGCCGCCGCCGGUCGCCGCGCCGGAGACGCGCGCCGCGCCGCCGGCGCCGCCGGCCCCCGAGAGCUUCAUGCCGCCGCCGGCCGACGCCUUCGCGCCGCCGGCGGAGCUGCGGAGCCCGCCGCCGGAGCUGCCUCCCGCCGAGAGCUUCUCGCCGCCGCCCGCCGACGCGUUCGCGCCGCCCGCGGAGCUGCGGAGCCCGCCGCCGCCGCUGCCCGUCGCCGCGCCGGAGCGGAGCGCGCCGCCGCCGCCGCCGCCGCGGGCUCCCGAGAGCAUGGCGCCGCCGGCGGAUGCCUUUGCGGAGAUGCGGAGCGCGCCGCCGCCGGCGGACGCCUUCGACGCGCCGCCCGCGGAGCUGCGGGGCGCGCCGCCCGCGCUGCCCCCGUCCUUCGCGCCUCCGCCGGUGGCGACGUUCGCGCCGCCGGAGGCCGUCGCGCCGCCGGAGCAGUCGCCCACGAAGAGCUUCAUGCCCGCGACGGCGGACGCCUUCGCGCCGCCGGACGCCUUCGCGCCGCCGGAGGCCUUCGCGCCGCCGGAGGCCGUCGCGCCGCCGGAGGCCGUCGCGCCGCCGGAGGCCGUCGCGCCGCCGGACGAGUCGCCCACGAAGAGCUUCGCGCCUUCGGACGCCUUCGCGCCGCCCGCGGAGACGCGGACCGCGCCGCCCGCGCCGCCGGCGUUCGCGCGGGAACCGACCCGCGACUCCAUGGCGUCGCUCGACGAGGUGCCGACGCAGCCCCUGUCGGGCGCCUUCGCCGCGCUGUCGCCGGCGCCCGUCGCUCUGAGCGCGCCCCUCGAGGCGCCCGCGCCGUUCACGCCGCCGGAGAAGUCGACGUUGCCCGUGUCGGGCGGGUCGCUGCUCUCCGUCUCCAACGCGCUCGACGCGCUCGCGGCGGCGGACGACGACGACGACCCCUUCGCGGCGCUCGGGCCCGCGCCCGACGCGCCGGCGAUGAUGGCGCCGGCGAUGAUGGCGCCGCCGUUCGCCGCCGCGCCGCCGCCGUCCAUGGACGCGGCCUUCGGCGGCGCGUCGCUCGACGGCGGCUCGCUGGCGCCCUCGCUGGGCAGCGCGUUCGGCGACGCGCCCGCGACGCAGCACUCGCUGGCGCCCUCGCUGGGCAGCGCGUUCGGCGACGCGCCCGCGACGCAGCCGGCGCACGCCGCGCCGCCGCCGAUGAUGCGGCCGGCGGCGUACGCCGCCGCGCCGCCGACGCAGCCCGCGUUCGCCGCGGCGCCCAUGAUGCAGCCCGCCGCGGCGCCCAUGAUGCGGCCGGCCGCGUACGCACCGGCGAUGCAGCCCGCCCCGCCCGCGUUCGCCAUGGGCGCGGCCUUCGGCGGCGCCGCGGCGUCGUCCGCGGGCGGCUCGGCGGUCCCGUCCGCGGGCGGCUCCGUGGCGCCGUCGCUGGACAGCGCCUUCGGCGCCGCGCCCGCGCCGUCCGUGAGCAGCGCCUUCGGCGGCUCGGCGGCGCCGUCCGCGACCGGCGCCUUCGGCGCGCCGCCCGCGCCGGCGUUCGCGGACCCGUUCGCCGCGGCCGCGCCGCCGCCCGCGGCCGGCGCCUUCGGCGCGCCGUCCGCGCCGGCGGCCGCGGACCCCUUCUCCUCGGCCGCCGCGGACGCGUUCGCGCCGCCGUCGAGCGCUGCCAUGGCGUCCUACGCGAACGAGAACAGCGCGGCGGAGGCGGGGAGCGCGCACCCCGACGAGGGCAAAAUCAUCAAGAAGAAGGUGUGCAUGGACGGGCAGUGGUUCCCCGUCAAUUUGUUGAUGGACCACAUGGUCAACAAGGGCCACCGCCACGGCGCGGCCUUCGCCGCGCUGGCCAAGAAGGAGCAGGCGGACAUCCUCGCGGGGCGGCGGACGCUCGACCUCGACGGCCCGCUGCCGGCGGGCUGCGCGAAGCGGCAAUGGAUGGGCUCGCAGUCCGGCGGCUGCGACGUCUGCUGCGUCGUGCGCAUCAAGACGAGCGACGACGCGCCGGGUUUAGACCUGACGACGUGCCCGCGCUGCAAGUACGCCGCCUGCGCGAACUGCCGGGCGCCGGACACGACCUGCUACUGCAAAGACAGCAACUUCGGCGUCGCCUACGGGACGGAUCGGAAGCCCUGGGAGACGGGGUACUGGUAA